AUGGAUCCAAAUGAUAUCAAAAUCGGAUACAAAUUAUUUGUGCAAAAACCAAACACAAUAGUUCAGCAAAAGGCCGAGAUACUAGGUAUUCGUCAUAGAGAGGAUGUAUUAGAAUUUUAUGUACAUUACAUAGAUUUGAACAGAAGACUUGAUGAAUGGAUUCCUCAUACAUUUUUAUGCUUAAAUGACGUUACAAAAAUAGAAAUACCAAAAAAGAAAAAGAAAAUUGAGGAUGCGCAAAAAAAGUCCAUAGAUUUAAAUAGCAUUGAUGAUGAAAAGGAAAAUGUUAAAGUCAAAGAUGAAGAAUAUAAAAUAAAAAAUAUUAAACAGAUACAGUUUGGGAAAUAUCUUGUAGAACCCUGGUAUUUUUCUCCCUAUCCCAAGUGGAUAACUGACACUGAUAUUGUUUAUAUUUGUGAAAAGUGUCUGUACUAUUUUAAACAUAAAGAUGUUUACACUCAACAUUGUACAGAAUGUGAGACAGAACAUCCGCCAGGACGUGAAAUAUACAGACACAAUGGAAUAAGCUUUUUUGAGAUGGAUGGAUAUACGGAACCCAGAUUUUGUAGAAAUCUUGCUUUACUAUCCAAAUUAUUUUUGGAUCAUAAAUCUUUAUAUUACGACAUUGAUGUCUUUUUAUUUUAUGUAUUGUGUCGUAUUGACGAUAAUGGAUAUACGAUUGUAGGAUAUUUUUCUAAAGAAAAAAUAUCAGAAAUGGGCUAUAAUCUGGCUUGUAUUCUUACUCUGCCUUUUGAACAGAGAAAAGGCUAUGGAAGAAUUUUAAUGGACUUUUCUUAUAUGCUCAGUAAAAAAGACAAUUUGAUAAGUGGCCCAGAAAAACCUUUGAGUGAUUUAGGACUUUUGAGUUACAGAGCAUAUUGGUUGGAUGUUAUUGUAGAUUUUUUAGUAGAAAAUAAUAACUCGUCUGUUGAUGAAAUAUCUAAAGCAACUCACAUUACUGUAGAAGAUAUUAUAAGCACUUUGAUGUAUUACAAUGUUUUAAAGCUUUACAAAGGAAAGUUUAUUUAUGCACUCAGUGAUAAACUUAAAGAAAAAGCACAGAAAUUUAAAACUAGAAGAUUGGACGAGAAAUAUUUAAAAUAUUAUUAA